AUGUCGUCGCUUCUCGGUCAGGUCAUCCUCCACCCCAAGGUCUCCCAGGCCAUGGCUGUCCUCGCAACCACAAUCGGUCGCGACAAGACCUACCGUCUCAUCCAGUAUGUGGCGCGUAUCCUUGCCUGGAGCUUUGCCCGUCAAGGUGCCGUCGACCUCGCCAAGCGCUUUGACGCUCUCAAGGCCGCGCUGGGUUCUGGUCGCAAACUCUUCCGUGUCUUCAAGCCCGUGGAGAACCUCCAGUCGGCGCUCAACAUUGCCGAGAGGCCAUUCGUCAAGAUCUCGGGCGCAGAGCAGGUUGCCCAGCUCACCCAGUUCCUCCGCCAGGUCGCGUAUGCCGUCUUCCUGGGUACCGACUCGCUCGUGUGGCUCCAGAGCGUAAAGGUCCUGCGUCUUGACAAGGACAAGGCGGCCAAGGUGGCCAAGACCUCGAUGCAGGCCUGGAUCAUUGGUCUGACCCUCUCGCUGAUCUCGUCGUCGGCAUCGCUCGUCAACCUCCGCGCCCAGAGCCGCCGCUUUGCUCUUCGUGCCGACAUUGCCCGCAAGGACGAGAAGGGCCCCGACGCUGCCGCCGACGAGGCCGAGCGCCGCAAGCAGGGUCGCGCUCUCCUCGCCCAGCGCCAGCUCAUCAUGUCGCAGCUCAUCACUGACGCCUUUGACUUCUGGAUCCCCUCCAACUUCCUUGGCUACUCGAACCUCAACGAGGGUGUUGUUGGCUUCCUUGGUGCUACCACUUCGUACAUGGCUCUCCAGAAGUGCUGGCGCAAGGCUGGCGCUGCCGCCAAGUAG